AUGUUGAGAGAGCUCUUUAACAAGCACGCUGCGACACUCUGUUGUCGCAAGGACUCAAACUGGCCUAACCUAGUCCAUCACGAUCUCCCAUCGUCAAAACCGUCAUUCCAACUCAUCUAUUUACCGCACCCAUAUCACCCCACGAUACAACACGCUGCAAACACUUCAGUAGCUGUCAGCAACUCAUCCAGAGAUACCUUCUGCGGUUCUCUGGUCCAGUAUGAGGGUCGCACAGCCACCAUCGGCCUGACAAUUAUCGUAGAUGGCAUAAGCCACAUGAUGACUGUCGACCAUCUCUUCAAUAACAGCAUGGGAGAUAAAAAUUCGCUUUUCACUAGUGGUGAUGAGCCAGUUUAUCGCAGCAGCCGCCCUAGCGGGGAGUCAACAAGUGCGCUUCAGGACACUUCUGUCAUUCCACCAAAUCAUCCAGAUCAGGAAAAACAGACUUUGGACUUUGGUCAUAGCAGAGCGCAUGAGAGUGCAGCAGAGGAUAACCUCAAUGCGUCGCACAGGAAGGAAAUUCCUCAGUCUCGUCUUGCCGAGUGCUUGGUGGGCCAACCCGUUCCUUUCCCACAUACGCUGGAUCCGCCAGCAUCAUACCUGGACUGGGCAUUCGUCGAGUUGAACGACUCUUCAGCGAGCUUCCAACUACCUAACAUCGUCACCCUAGACUCUAUUUCAAGCCCCGUACUCCUUCACCAAGUGUCGAAACAACUGCCGUCUCAUACCACCUCGGUGUACAUGAUUUCGGGGAUAAAUGGCACAAGAAAGGGCCGUCUAUUUAGUGGCCUCAAUUCUGAUCAAGGUCUCGAGCCAGGAGAGUGCGGCUCAAUCAUUAUUGACCAGGCUACUUUCGAUAUAUAUGGUCAUGUUGUCGGAUCAAACAUUAUCGGUGAUAUUUUCGUUGUUCCACUUUCGGACACUAUUGAACAAGUCCGAGUUGCUUUCAAUGCAACCACUGUGAUCCUUCCCUCACAGAACCUUAUCCUGCCAUCUUACAACAUAUCUGAAGAUACCAUUGCUACUCAGUUCACCUUCAAGGUUUACAGAACGUAG